AGGAUUGUGGGAUCAAGGGGUUCAUCCCACUUCUGUGAUACACGGGAAUCCCCUUUUAAUAUGGGAGGCCCUUUUUGUUGUAUCACGGAAGUGGUCAUUUCCCACAGCCCUCUGCUUUCUUGGCUGUAGGACAACGCCCAUCCGCGAUUUUUCGCCCGUGGGUAUUCUACAGCUGACCCUUGAGCUGGAUGGCCAGGAAGUUCGCCUGAGCGUGCCAGAUCACUUCCUUGGGAUCGAAGUGGGGCUUGUGAGGCGCGAGCUGAAGCCUGGUGUGCUCCAUUUGUUCUUCGAUGUCAAGAUGGCUGAGGACACGUUGCGAGAGGGCCUGCGCACAGACCUAGUUGGAACGAUCACCUGCACUCCAACCUGUUUCUUGAAGGCAUGGAGGGUGCUGAUUGGACAUGAUGUUGAUGAUUCUGAGCAAAUUCUGGAAGGCAUCACGCAAAUGACUUUUACUCCAGAAGAUGCAACUUGACUAACCUCAGUUUGCCCUCUACGCUGCAGAGCCUAACUUUUGGCGAGACAUUCGACCAGAGCUUGGCGGGAGUCACUUUCUCAGGAAGCCUGCAGAGCCUGACUUUCGGCGAUGGCUUCAACCAAAGUUUGGCGGGAAUGACUCUGCCAGUCAAUUUGCAGAACCUGACUUUCGGCGCACGUUUCGACCAAAGUUUGGCGGGAAUGACUCUGCCCGUCAAUUUGCAGAGGCAGACUUUUGGCGAUGACUUCGACCAAAGCUUCGCGGGAGUCACUUUGCCAGGUAGCCUGCAGAGCCUGACUUUCGGCGAAAGCUUCAGCCAAAGCUUGGCGGGAGUGACUUUACCAGGCAGUUUGCAGAGCCUAACUCUUUGCCCACAAGCUGAAUUGAGCUGUUAUUUUUGCGCGAUACUAGCCCUGGAGGCCCAAUUGAUACAGAACAAAGUGCUCAAUUGCAUUUUCGGAGUUCGAGCGUUUCGAGCGCAAUUCGGCGCAACUUCGGGCGCAAUUUCGCGCAACUCGGGCGCAACUCCGCGCAACCGCGCGCAAUUUCAACAACUGCCCAAAUUCUGGUCACUACACUAGCGCCAAGUCGCUGGCUCCCAGAAACGUUUCGGGCACUUUUUCGCAAAAAAUAAUCGAGCACACAUUUCUGUAUCAAUUGGGCCUCGAUUUAGCAACUUUGCCAGGCAGCCUGAAUCACC